AUGUUCUCUAGAGUCCUAAGAUCCAGAAGCGCUAUCCCACUAGCCGUGGGAUCGGUCACGAUCGCUGCUGCGUUCUACCACUCCACCUUGAUUAGAAACGAGCCUCUCAAGACGUUCACCGGCGACGACAGCUGGGUGGAGCUGCCUAUUGCUAAGAUCGAGGAGGUGUCGCACGACACGCGCCGCUUCAUCUUCAGCCUACCCCAGGAAGAGCAGGUUUCGGGCCUGGUUGUAGCAUCAGCUUUGCUGGCCAAGUUGCAGACGCCUAAGGGCUCCAACGUGAUUAGACCCUACACGCCCGUCAGCGACGUGUCCACCAAGGGCCACAUCGAGUUCGUCAUCAAGCACUACAACGGUGGCAAAAUGACCGAGAUGCUGUUCGACAAGAAGCCCUCCGACACCGUGGCGUUCAAGGGCCCAAUUCCUAAGUGGGAGUGGAAGCCAAACUCCUUCGACUCCAUCACCCUGCUGGGCGCCGGGUCCGGUAUCACGCCGCUGUACCAGCUGGUGCACCACAUCUCGCAGGACCCUAAGGACAAGACCAAGGUCCACCUGCUGUACGGUAACAAGACCCCUAACGACAUCCUGCUGAAGAGGGAGCUCGACGCCAUUCAGGCCAAGUACCCUGACCAAGUCAAGAUCCACUACUUCGUCGACAAGGCCGAGGGCUCCUUCGACGGCCACACGGGAUUCAUCACCAAGGAAUACUUGGAGAAGAACGUGCCAAAGGCGUCCGAGAAGAACCAGGUCUUCGUUUGCGGUCCUCCUCCAUUCAUGAAGGCCUACUCUGGCCCCAAGGCUUCUCCAAAAGACCAGGGCGAGCUGACUGGUAUCCUGAAGGACCUGGGCUUCACCAAAGAAAGCGUUUUCAAGUUCUGA